ACUAGUAUUGGAUGGAAAAUAAGAAUUUUGAAGAACAAUCUAAAAUGAGAGAGCAUUAAGAGGUCACACAACACAAAAAUGAAAAGAGAAUCCCUGGUAAUAUAAACACUUUUAUGAAAGAAGGAUUAUCCAAUGUUUCUACUCUCCUUGUGAAUGAAGAAACGAAUACCUUAUUUGUUGGAGGCAGAGAUGCAGUGUUUGCUCUUGACUUGAAUAAUAUUUCUAGAGAAAUAUCCAGGGAAUACUGGUUUGCUACACAGGAAAGACAACUGGAAUGUAUUCGUAGAGGGAAGGACAAGAUAAGAUGCCAGAACUACAUCCUCUUCCUCCAUAAGAUAAAUUACUCUAACUUAUAUGUUUGUGGAACCAAUGCAUAUCACCCAACUUGUGAUCAUAUGGUUAUCCAUGGGACGAACAUAAGCUUGCAAGGAAGAGGUGAAGAGAGCAGAGGAAAGUGUCCGUUUGAACCAACUCUGAAGUAUGCGUCUGUUUUUGUAGAUGGGGAAUUUUAUUCGGCUACUUCAAAUAAUUUCUUGGGAACAGAACCUAUAAUACUUCGCAGUAUGAGAAAUCCUGUAAGAACAGAGUUUAAAACAUCGUGGCUAAAUGAACCAAGCUUUGUCAACAUGGAAAUAGUGCAUGAAAGUGAAUCUAAUCCAAAUGGAGAUGAUGAUAAAAUUUAUGUGUUCUUCACUGAAACAGCUGUUGAAUUUGAAUUCUAUGACAAGCUUCUGGUGUCCAGAAUUGCCCGUAUCUGCAGAGGUGAUCUUGGUGGAAAACGCAUAUUGCAGAGAAGAUGGACAUCAUUUUUAAAAUCCCGCCUUUCCUGUUCCAUUCCAGAAUUAAGCUUCCAUUUCAAUGUUGUCCAGGACAUCUUUUUACUUAGGAGAAGAAAGUGGCAGGACAGCGUAUUUUAUGGAAUUUUUUCCCAACAAUGGGGAAGAUUAGACAUAUCAGCUGUUUGUGCAUACAGUAUGAAAAAUAUUCAGGAAGUCUUCUCCAAAGGAAGCUACAAAGGACCAGUAACUGUAGAACAUUCCCCUGUUAAGUGGAUGGUAUAUAGGGGAGAAGUGCCAGUUCCACGUCCUGGUGCUUGCAUUGAUAAUUUUGCCCGGAGUGUUGGGUAUAAUACUUCUUCUGACUUGCCUGACAAAGUUUUGCAGUUUGUUAGAGAUCACCCUCUAAUGGAUAAUUCUGUAAAUCCAAUUGGUAAUAGACCGGUGCUGCUGAAGAGAGGUUCAAACUACACCAGGAUUGUAGUAGACAGAGUCACUGGCCUAGAUAAACAAACAUACGAUGUUAUGUUUCUAGGAACAGAUGAUGGAUAUUUGCAUAAAGCUUUCAGUUGUGAUGGGGAAAUGUUCAUUGUGGAAGAGCUACAGCUGUUUCCGUCUCCUGAGCCUGUACAGUCUCUCCAGCUGUCUUCUCAAAAGGGAAUGCUCUAUGUGGGGUCCCUAUCUCAAGUGGUGCAGCUUCCAGUUUCUGAGUGCCACCGGUACAAGUACUGCUUGGAUUGCAUCUUGGCGAGGGAUCCUUACUGCGCGUGGUCUCAGUCUGCUAAGGAAUGUGUUCUGGCAAAUCGAACGGGUCAUACGGAGGAGCAGCCAAUCUUCAGCACCAGGGCCCAUGUUUUCCAGAUUGACCCUGCCACCAAACGGAACUGGAUCCCUGCCAGCAAGCACGCUUUGACUGUCUCCUAUUUCUACGAUGCCACACGCAAUGUGUACCGGAUCAUCAGCGUGGGGGGCACCAAGGCGAUCAUCAACAGCACUAUUACCCCCAACAUGACCUUCACAAAGACGUCCCAGAAAUUUGGACAGUGGGCAGACAGCCGAGCCAACACGGUGUAUGGGUUGGGCUUUGCUUCGGAGCAACAUCUCUCCCAGUUUGCAGAGAAGUUCCAGGAAGUGAAAGAAGCAGCCCGUUUGGCGAGGGAGAAGUCCCAGGAUAAAACAGAGCUGACCAAUCCUGCCCUGAAUAUCACAUCUCACCAGGUACUUCCCAGCCCCAUCAUCAGCUCCAAUGGGCCAGGAGAAGAUAAACUAUUCCGGAGCCAAAGUGCCGAUGUUGAGAUAACAACAGAGAAAGAGCGGCUGAAGAAGAUGCUUUCAGAAGGUUCAGUGAGCGAGGUCCAGUGGGAGGCCGAAUUCUUCAGCCUCCAGGACAACAACAACAAGCUCGUAGCUGCUCUCCAUGAAGCCAACGCCAAUGUGGACCAGUGGAAGAAGCAGCUGGCUGCUUAUCAGGAGGAGACGGAAACGCUGCGGCAGCGGGUAGCAGAACUGGAGUCACAGGGGGCUCACGAUUCCUCCAGCGAGAACAACAAGGAAGAGCUGAGCCAAACCCUGGAGGAGCUGGAACUACUGAUCAAGGCUAAAGAUGAGGAGAUUCAGAUGCUAAAGAGCCAGAAGUGUGGCCGAUGGGAAGCAGAGGGCGAGCGUGAGGAGACACUGCAGAAGCUGCAGGAGCUGGAGGCACGCAACGCAGAGCUGGAGCGGCGCCUUCACUUGGCUGAGCAGACGCUGGCGGAGACCUUAGCCGAGAGGGAGAAGAUCCAGAACGAGGUCACCAAGGUGGCAGAGAUAAUGGAUGUGAAGAUAUUUGAGCUCAGUGAGAUCCGGCAGGGACUAGCCAAGCUGGUAGAGAGCAACUGAGCAGCAGCACACUCAGAGGAGACACCUCCGGAGGAGAGGAGCCCGAGCUGGGACUGGUCACUGACAGCAAUUACAGUCACAGAACAGCCUCGAGGUCUGUUCGGGCAGGAUACGCCAACAUACCAGCAGCUGCCUGGACAGUGUGGAGACCAGCCGCAGCCACUUACUGCCCGCUGAACACCCAGACAGAGGGCAGAGAGGACCUGAGCUCCUGAAUCCUCUACAGUGAGCAUCUACAAGUCACAGCCAGACCUCUCUGGACCCUGCCGUGGCUGUGGCAUGGUCCAGAGACCGCAGGUGUCCCUGUGCUGCCUUCCCAACCUCCCUGCUGCCACACUGUGUCUCCAACAUUUUUACAGUUUUCUAAGGGAAGGGGCUGAGCAGCCUUCGCGUUUUUUUCAGUAGUUUUUUAGGAAACCACUUGCCUUUUGCAAAUAAGCUGCCUGUUUCCCCACCUAGGGAGGGAGGAGAAGUUCUAGCACACUGAGGACAACAGUUGCUCCUUUUCUCCCCAGCCCUAACUAAAUCGUGUCUUUCUAACAGGAUCCAGUAACACUGGUCACUGUCAGGAGCUUCCAAAGGUAGCAGAGCCCUCACUGCAGAGAAGGGUGCUUGCCUGACCACGUGUCCUUUCCACUGUUCAGUCACAUCCUCCAGAAGAAAAAGAACUGCAGGUUUUAAAGCUCUUAUUAGUUUAACACAGUGGGAUUUGAUGACUUGUUAAAACUUUAAGCUGAGAAGAGUAGAAGCGUGGUUGGGAAAGGGGCAUUUGAGAAAUGGGACAUCCCUGAGGGGAUGGCCAACAAACUGCUAGACUGGCAUCUCUCCCGGCCUCUAAGGGCUGCAGUUAAUUGAAAUUAAAUGGAGCAAAUCGCAGUUGCUCUUGGUUUCUUUUUUCUGUUUUUAUUGGGAAACAGUCCACAGAGAUGUCCUGCUCCAUGUCAGCCGAGCAGUAUUCCUUGUGAAGGGUACAGGUCCCAGCUUGCCAUGCUUGGCCAGAUUAAAUGAGAACAGGAGGCGUUUGGAGCAUGCUGGGACCAGUGCCCUGCGGGGCCUGUGGGAAGUUUGUGAGUUAUCGUAGAUGUUGUCUAGUAAUAGGAAUUGAGCAAGGCCUGAGGGAGGCACCACAGAAACCUGGAAAGUUGUGUUGUCGUCCCCGGCGCCUGCUGUGCCCCCGUAGUUACCUAGGAGCAUGCUUAGCCCUGUGCUGAAUGACGAAGCAGUAUCUGUGUAGAAGUAGUUAGUAACCUUACAGGAGUGUUGAUGGAUUUGGCUUUUGUUGUUGGUUUUUUUUGCCCUCUUUGCCGCUGCAAGUUAAGCAAAGACAGCAGUAAUCCUGGGAAUAUUUCACAGGUCUGCAGAAACUCUGGUACUUAGCAAGCGCUGGCUGCCAAGUACUGCCCUCUCCGCACCCAGCCGAACCUUGGCAGACCUGUGGAAAGGUGGUGCGGCUCCUCAGGGCCUGCCUCUCCUUUCACUCACCUGGUGACCACGAGAGGAACCCACAGCUUCCAUGCACUGCCUGCAAGUCAGGGCAGGAUUUAGGUCUGGCACCUUGGGAAUCUGCUGGAGUGGAGAACUGCUGGUGACUCUGUGCUGGAUUGCGUCUAGGCAAAGCCCUUCCCUUUCCCAGGGGUGAUGAGGAAACAUCGAGAUUUCCAGACCUGCAGAGGCAGGGAAGGGCUUUUCUGGUUUGGGGUUGGGAAGUUUUUUGUUGGUUUUUACCUUUUUUUUUCUUCUUUUUUUUUUUUUUUUUCUUUUUGCAUGAAGUGUUCUCACAACUGUAUGGGACUGGAGCUACUGUAGUAAUAUUUGUUUCAGGGUAUUUAAGAAGGGAAGGAAGUAACUGGGUGGCAAAAACUUCUAGGGACUUGUUUACCACCCCAUGCCAGUGUUCAUAUUUUAUUCCUACAGGAGCAGCCUUCUUUUGAAAUAGAGAUCAGCUCCAAGAAAGGUGUGUUUGGUUUGCAUCUCUGUCACUGUAAUAUGGAAGGAGGAGGGUGGGAUUUGCGAGUAUGG